ACAGAUUUACUUCAUUUCCCCUGAAUAUUUUUGCUCAAACAGCUUCUUCGCACGGGGUAUUGAAAGGCAAUAAACAACGGUUUAUCACUGUUUUGCAUUCCCAUUUAAACAGACAGGGUCUGCAGUCAAUACAAAUAUGUCGCACACAAUUUUGCUUGUCCAGCCGACCAAGAGACCCGAGGGCCGCACAUAUGCUGACUAUGAGUCAGUUAAUGAAUGCAUGGAAGGUGUGUGCAAAAUGUAUGAAGAGCAUCUGAAGAGGAUGAAUCCUAACAGUCCAUCUAUCACUUACGACAUUAGUCAGUUGUUUGACUUCAUUGACGACUUGGCAGACCUUAGCUGUCUUGUCUACAGGGCUGACACCCAGACUUACCAGCCAUACAACAAAGACUGGAUCAAGGAGAAGAUAUAUGUCCUGUUGCGGCGUCAGGCUCAGCAGGCAGCAAAGUAAAGGCAAGAGUGUCCAGUUGUCCUGCUACACACAUCAGGAAGGAGUUUGCGCUGCACUACAUUUCAACAGCGUCGUAAAGAUCUGUGUUUAAGGACAACAUUGUCAGUUUCAUGAAGGGAGGGUUUUCAUAUAUACUGUACAUUGGGAAGGGCAGAGGUUGGAAUUUUGGGGUUUAUAUAGAGAUGGAGUUGCCCUUGGCAGCACACACAUUUGUAAUUUUGUUACAUCAUGAUGCGAGUGGGGCUAACAGCUGCAAGGACUAACUUAUUAAUGAAGAGGGAUCCCACAGGCUAGAUAAAAACCUUUUUUUUGUUUGUCAAAUUUUUAGUAAUGCGCAUUCAUUUUUCUCUAAAAGUUGUCUUUUUUUAAUAUAUACUUUUUUUGGACAGUUGGAUUUGAAGAUGUUUUGGAUUUUGAGUGCAGGUACUUCAAUUUUAAAGGUCCAGCAAGUAGAAUUUAGUGGCAUCUAGCAGAACAGACUUGGCAGUAAGUUUUAACCAUUGUACAAUCGCCUAAAAUAAGAACCGUGUUUACAUUACCUGAGAAUGAGCCCUUUAUAUCUUUAUAGAGAGCAGGUCCUGUUCCACAGAGGCUGCCAUGUUGCACCGUUAUAUUUCUGCAGUAACCCAGAAUGGACAAACCAAACCCUGAAUCUUGAGAGGGCCUUUUGUGUCUUUUGUGAAUUAUGUGACUACCAUAGGUUCUUCGACAGGGGGAAAGGGGGAAAGACUAUUCAGUUGGUUGCAAUCUACAACCUCAUCGCUAGAUGCCUUUAAAUCCUACACACUGGUCUGUUAAAUUACAUUGUCUUCAAACUGAACCUCUGAUGCUAAUAGCCUUUUUUCAUGUUGUUAUUAUGGUUUCUAUAGCCAACCAUCAUUAUGUAAAAUGCUGUUUUUUGUAAACCUGUUUUUUUUUUUCAUAGCAUCUCAUUUCAACUAUAUAUUGCUGUUUCCUUUUGAUUUAAACAUAAUAAAGUAUUGUUUUCUGACUGGUCUCCACUCUUGAAUACACAGCCA